GAGAGAGAGAGAGAGAGAGAGAGGCUACCCCUCCCUCCUGCAUCUCGUGCCAUCCGUCUAUAGAAACAAUCGCAUUAUGCUAAAACGCUCGCGUCCGUAGUGUGUGUAAACCCAGCCGCCAGCCACUGUCCUCCCGUGUUUAUCAUUUCAUUUCCCUUUCAAUCCCCCCCUCCUCCCCCAAUCUCAUCAAGAAGAAGAAAAAAAAAUAUGGAGCAAUCUUGAAUCGAAUCUGGCACAGAUCCUCACUCUCCCGAUCGAUCGAUUCUCCGACGAGCAAGCAGUGGUAACCGAAGGUAUGUGUUUGUAGUCGCUUGGCAGCAAGAUCGAGCAAUGGUUUGUCCGGCAUUGCUUGUUCUUGUCUUCGUCUUCGUCUUCGUCUCCGGCGAUGCGGUGUUGAUUUGGAGCUGCAUUUUUUUUCGUUUUGGAGGUCGGUAAUGGCGGCGGCGGCGGCGGACGCGGCGAUGGCUGCUGGGUUGGCGGAGCGGGAGCCGGCGUGGCUGCGGUCGCUGCUCGGCGCGCGGUUCUUCGAGGCGUGCGCGGCGCACCGCGGCAUGAGCAGGAACGAGUGCAACCAGUACUGCCUCACCUGCGCCGCGGCCGCCGACGACGCCGGCGGCGCGGCCGCCGUGGGGUGCCAGUGGUGCGUGGUGGCGGCGCACGGCGGCGGCGCGGGGCGGGAUCGCGGCCACCGCCACCGGGUGGUCCAGGUGCGGAGGUCGUCGUACCACAACGUGGUGCGCGUGUCGGAGCUGGAGCGCACGCUGGACCUGACGCGGGUGCAGACCUACGUCAUCAACCGCGACAGGGUCGUCUUCCUCAACGAGCGCCCGCAGGCGCCGCGCAACGGCCGGUGCGCCGCCGCCGCCGCCGUGGCGUGCGCCGCCUGCGAGGCGUGCGGCCGCGGCCUCCUCGACGUCGCCUUCCGCUUCUGCUCCCUCGGCUGCAAGGUCAGAGCUCCGGCCGCCGGCCGCCGGCCACGCUCCUUUCCUUUUCCGGCCGUCUCCGCCACCGUCUUUGCCGUUUUUGGGCCUCGUCCGAGGAGACGCGUCUCGUAUCAUCAGUGGGUUUUGCGCUUCAUCUGGACCGUUGGAUUGGGAACCAACGGCCCAGAUAGAUCUAGACGUGAGGAAGAAAUGGGAACGUCCGUAUGCUGGGCCGGUCAGUCUUGCAUGGGCCUACUCAGCCCAAUUAGGAAAUUAGCAGCUCUCUCUUUUUUUUUUUGGGAAAAAUUCAAAUCUCCCUUUUCAAUUUACUUCCACGCAGUAUGCUCCCUAUAUAGAGCAUCACCAACAGUCUAUACCUAUCUGAUUCCCAAAAUUGAUUUUAAAGGAAUUUAGUUCAAAAAACAGCUCCAACAGAUCUCUUACUCUCCUACGAGUUUGUUUUGGAGUUCCCUUUUCCCGAUUUCUCGCUCCGUUUAUAUACAGGCGCGCGGUCUCGUGAAAGUCGCUCCCAAUCUCACACUCCCGCCUCUCUCCUACCGUUCCAGCGUGUGAGAGAUAGCGAUCUUUCUGCACGUGGAAAAAAACAGAAUUUUCUGUUCGUAGUUUCAGAAGGGUCCACUUUUAAGUUUUUUCACUUCCUAUUUUUAUUUUAGGAAACCCAAAAAUAAUUUUUUGG